UUGUCAUUGCAUAUCAUUGACUCCCAGUGGAAGUGACAGCUGUCUCCAGACUGUCUUUUCUCUCUGUGCACCCUCCCCAGUGACAGGGGGAUUCAUUUAUGGUGUCACAGAGGGGAGACGCGAGUCUGGGAUUAGCUCAUUAAGACGGACAUCUUUGAUCUGUGGUUAUCUCUCCCAUUUUUCACGGCAACUUGAUCAUGUCCUGGACUCUUCAGCGCAGGGACCAGCACAAGGGCACAGACACACACAAACACAGACACACACGCACACAAACGAGACUGAAACCCCCUAGAGAGCAGGGCCCAACAAAGAUGUGAAGUGUAGAUGUGCAGCAACAGCUAAACGUCGUGUCAGGUUUCUGGGGGCUCGUGCUAAAUUUAACCCUGUGAUCCUGCAGCAGGCACAAGGGUUUAAAUGCCAGCCUACAGUUGCUCCACACCAGUUGUUCUCCACACGUCUUCCACUCAUCACAAACUUAAGCUGUGGACGAAGACAGGCACACACACAUAUACUUAGACACACACGCUCCAGGCACAGGACUGAAGACGACAUACAGUAGAGCAGUUCCACGAGAGGCAGGAGUUUUUGCCCCAAUUCACGCCACUAGUUGUCCAGCAUGGAGCUUUUUGAGACCAACCCGUACUUCUUCCCUGACCAGCGCUUCUACGAAGGAGGGGACAGCUACUUCCCCUCUCGCCUGCCUGGGGCGUAUGACCAAGGUGCUUACCAGGAUAGGAACUCCAUGAUGGGCUUGUGUGGGAGUCUGUCUGGGAAUGUUGGAGUUGGAAUGACAGGGACGGAGGACAAACCUUCCCCGUCCAGCCUAUCACCUCAAUCUGAGGUGCACUGUCCCGGUCAGUGUCUGCCCUGGGCCUGUAAGCUGUGCAAAAGGAAGACGGUCACCAUGGACCGUCGACGGGCAGCCACGCUUAGGGAGAAGAGGCGUCUGAAGAAGGUGAAUGAGGCCUUCGAGGCUCUGAAGAGGAGCACCUUGAUGAAUCCAAAUCAGAGGCUACCCAAGGUGGAGAUCUUGAGAAGCGCCAUCCAGUACAUCGAAAGGCUGCAAGCCCUGGUGUCCUCCCUCAACCAGCAGGACAAUGAGACGGGACAGCAGGGACUGCACUACCGACCCAGCCAGACCCAGCCCAGAGUGUCGUCGUCAAGUGAGCCCAGUUCGGGCAGCACCUGCUGCAGCAGCCCAGAGUGGAGCAGCACUCCCGAGCAGUGCACACAGAGCUACGGCAGCGAGGAUCUUCUGAGUGCUGGGGACUCUCCAGAGCACAGGAACAUGCAGGCCCUGACCUCCAUCGUGGACAGUAUCACUGCAGCGGAUGGAGCUGUGGCUUUUCCUAUGGACAUUCCCAAAUAGACCCUCCACACAGCAGACCCAUGGGUGCAGAAAAUUAAAAAACAACAAUUGGCAAAGCAAGCUGAAGAAUAAUCCUAAAUUCCUAUUCCUAUUUAAUUUAUUUAUUUCCAGCUCAACUGAUCUACGUGUCUUAUGCUAAAGUUUCAAAGUAGGAAUUCAUUUGAAUUGUCACUCUGCUUAAAAAAUGGGUCUGCUAGCUAAACUAAAUUCCUUCUUUUCACAAUGAGGCCUUAUUUCCUUUAUUCCCUGCCUUAUGAAAGGGGUCCAGACCUGUCCGCCAUAGCCCACAGGAGCUCAGCCUGACCACAGAUUAAAGGACUUUGCUGCAUGAACCUUACACCUUGUUACUAGAGUGGGCUUCUGUUGGUCUGUCCUCCAGUCUGAUAGAACCACAUAGGAAUGUUAAGGCAAAGCUUUGUCUUUACUUAAUUUAAGUUUUCCUCUUUUCGAAACCUUUCCCUGAUCUUUCAUUCUUGUUUUGUGUGUGUGUUUUUAUGCUUAAAAAAACAUGAGUUUAUUUGUGGGGCCAAUAUGUACCAUGGCAGUUUUGACCAAGAUCUGCUUAAUUUAAACUGGUUAUGAAUGCUAGUGAUGUAAAUACGUUCCCUUUUUCUACAGAGUGGUUUUGCCAUUUUAUUUUUUAUUUUUUGCUAACUUAUUUUUGACUUUUAUAACUACGAUUGUUGUGUAUCUGUAGAUGUUCCAAAAAGUGCUAUUUCCUGUCAAUUCUUCCAUUAAAGACCAUUUUCAAUA